AUGUUUAAUUUAGCUACCAGAGUGCAGUCAGCUACUAACCAAGUGUUGACAUCUGCCAGUGUAUUGGCUGGUGCUGUUAUACUACUUACUUUGCUACAAUUGUACUUUGCUGAUGUAUGGAAUAUUUCAACAACUUCAAUCUCAAACAUUGAUGCUAAAUCGUCGAUCAAGUAUUCCUUCCAAUACGGCUCAGUUAACAGGAAACCUAAAGAAAAUGCCAAAAUCACAUUUGACUUGGAAACGGACUUGAGUGAUUUGUUCAAUUGGAACACCAAGCAAGUAUUUGUUUACUUAACAGCUGAAUAUCCAGGAAAAUCUCUUGGUAGUUUGAACAAAGUAACGUUUUGGGACAGAAUUAUUGAGGAUAAAAAGGAUGCAAAAUUGAGCUUAAAGGGACAGAGAGGGAAAUAUUCCGUUUGGGAUGUCGAAAAGGGAUUUAGAGGAAGAAACGCAACUGUAAAAUUAGAAUGGAAUAUACAACCGCACAUUGGUCCCCUCAUAUUUGGCGAAACAUCCAAAACGGGAUUUUUUGAGUUCCCCUCUGGUACAAAUCAAUAA